ACUUAAAACCACCCACUUUUAGAAGUUUGGAAGGCGGGCGCCUAAACUAGUGAGUGACAUUCCACACAUGAAAAUUUAUGAGCUUUUUUUUCUCAUUUGCUGGUUGGCUCAUGGAUACUGCACCUCUGAUAUUCACAUUGGUUAUCAGGUAAGUCUUGCUAUACCAACAUCAUAUUGCAAAGGAUUCAUAGGCAGGGCUUUUCUAAUGGAAACUGAUCACAACCAAAUUGGACCAAAUUUUAGAGGUGGAAUCAGUGUUGAAGCCAAUAAUGAUAAAUACACAUGUUCACUUGAUGUUUUUCUGGGAGAUGUCAAGGUUUGGAGUUCUGGUCAUUUGUCACAAUUCUACACAAUAGACAAAUGUACACUUGAGCUAACUCAGUAUGGAGACUUGUUGUUGAAAGGGGGUCUAGAUGACAGAGUUGGAUGGAAAGCUGGAACUUCAGGACAAGGUGUCAAGAGACUGAACUUACUUGGGACAGGUAAUUUGGUGUUAGUUGAUGCUAUGAACUUGAUUAAAUGGCAAAGUUUCAAUUUUCCAACUAAUAUUAUGCUUUGGGGUCAGAGACUAAGCUCAAGAACUCGGUUAACGUCUUUCCCUAGCAACUCUAGUUUGUCAUAUUCUUUUGAGAUUCAGUAUGACAAGAUUGCAUUGUACUUGUACUCUGGGAAAUCAAAGUACUCGUAUUGGGAAUAUACACCUUUGGAAUUAGAUGGCCUGAAUAUCACAUAUGUUGAGUUAACUUCUAACGCGCUGGAGAUAUUCAACAACGAAAAUCGUAGAAUUGGAAGGAUAACAUCAGACAAGCCAGAGCCCUUGAGAUUUUUAGCAUUGGGAAAUAGCACAGGGAAUUUGGGAUUCUACUAUUACUCAUCUGACAAAGGAAAGUUUGAAGCUUCAUAUCAAGCACUAAACACUAGUUGUGAUCUUCCGUUGGCAUGUAAACCUUAUGGUAUAUGUACAUUUUCAGAGAAGUGUUCUUGCAUAAGACUAAUAAAAAGAGGAGAUGGAUUGCUUUCUGAUUGCACUGAAAAUGUAAGAAUUUGUGGAAGAAAUGAUUCUCAAAUGCUAGAAUUACAAGGCGUUACGAGUGUAUUAAGAAGCAACCCUUAUAAGGUCAAUGUGACCAAAGAAAUAUGUGCAAAUUUGUGCUUGGAUAACUGUACAUGUGUUGCAGCAUUACAUUUUUCUUAUGAGAAUGAUCCCGCGAAACCUGGAGAAUGCUAUGUGUAUGGACUAGCUAGAGGAGUUAAACAAAUCGAAAGAGAUGGAAGAUUGAGUUAUAUGGUGAAGGUACCAAAGGGAACUGAUCAAGGUCAUGAUAAACACUCUCAUUGGAAGAAAUGGAUUCCAUUUGUUGUAGGAGUGGUUGAUGGAGUUGUUUUGUUACUUGUUUUAGGAGGAGUUGGAUACUAUGUAAUACGAAAGAGAAGAAAGUCGUGCGUAGAUACUGGUCACAGCAAUUGAUAUUGU